UUUUCCAAUUCAGAUUGCUUCCAGCUUCAUAAAUAAUAGAUUCCCAGGUUGUUGUUGUUGUUGUUAUUGUUGUUGUUACAAUUCCUCUUUUAAAGGAAGGACUUAUAUAUGUCAUCAAUUGAAGUCCAAGUAGGAACCCCAAAUAAUUUUUGUACUGUAUUUAUAUAUGCCCAGCAGGUGGCAACAGUAAGCUAUCCUUUGAUGCUUUCAAGAAUGGUUAGUACUUAAAUGCAUGACUGUAACAAAAUCCUAGGACUGUAAGUGAAAUUCCAGAAUUGAAAAAUACAUCCUAAGGGAAGACAGUGGCAAACUGCUUCCAUAAUAUUGCUUAAGAAAAUUAGAGGUAUUGCUAUUGGCACCAAAGUCAAGCUUAAUUUGAAAAUUGCUUAGAUACCAAUGUUAAAAGGUGUAGAUUGAUAAGGUAUUGUUUUCUAAAAGAGCAAAGUAAGAAGAAAAUGGGGUGUGGUUUUUUGGGCUAAAUAAUUUUUAUGACUUAUCUGUUUAAAACAUGAGCAAAAUUGGAGCACAAGUGUGCAGAACAGUAACAGAAUGCAUACAAGUAAAACAUUUAUCUUUUUUGUUCUUUUAAUCACCUGUCCACAAGCUGGUAUGCUUCUUAACACAUAACGCUAGAGACAGAAUACUGGAAAAAUGGGCUAUAAUGAAUUUAAAGAACUUUGGACAGCUCUCAGUGCUUGGAAACACAAUUUCAUGUUGGUUGAUCAAGACCGAAGUGGAACUGUGGAAUUUCAUGUGCUGACUCAAGUUAUUGUAGCUAUGGGAUACAGACUAAGUCCACAGACUUUAAUUGCUAUUGUAAAACGUUACAGCAAGAAUGGCAGAAUUUCUUUUGAUGACUAUGUGGCUUGCUGUGUGAAGCUUCGUGCUUUAACAGAUUUCUUCAGAAGAAGAGACAGCAUGCAACAGGGCAUUGUGAAUCUUCUGUAUGAUGAUGUAAGUAACAAUACUGUUAAUUGGUAAUAAAAAAAUGUUUUUAACUAGAAUUGUGUUUCUUACAUUUCCUUUUAUAAUCCCACUCCCAUUAUACUCGAGAAUAUUUUAGGAAAUUACAUCUCAAGAUAGUGCUGUACCUCCUCUUGAGAUCUCAAACAGAUGGCAGUUCCUUUAAUUCUUCACUGGGUUCUUGAUUUUUCAUGUUCAUUAUUUAUUUGCUUAUGCAGGAUUUCAUUUGAUACCUUCCACAGCUUACAGAUUGUUUUGGUCUGUUCCUCCCCAUUUGUACCACAGAACAUGGUGUGACUCCCAUCUCAUUUUUCCAUUGGUUUUCAGUCCUUGUUUUUUUCCCCCUUUUAUCAUAGUUGUUUAUUUUUUCCCUUUAUUUAUUAAUCUCCUUAACUUGCAGUUGUUAGCUUGGUUUCAGAAAACCUAACCUGAACCUAAGGGCCCCAUUUGAUGAAUACCAGUCUUGUGGGUGCAAACCUAGCUCUUGACUAGGCAUAAAUGCAGUUUGUUUGCUUUGCCAUCAUUCUUCUAGUUGGCAGGCCACUCUCCUAGAAGAAUUGGGAGGCAGCUUUUUAGAGGUGGCAAACUAGCUGCCUCAUUUCUCCCAUUCCUCCUAAUGUGUUCCAGAAAUUGUCUGAUGACUGUCCUGUCUUUGAGAAAUCAAUCAAAUUCUCCAUGUUGACAGAAGACUCAUACAUAUCUGCUAUCCCAUUAAUGGCCUUUUCCCCUCAUUUAUUCAGACAAUGCAGUAGUGGUUUGCAAAGAAUUUGCUGUUACCCAGGAGUUCUUUGCACCUCUUGGAAAAUUAUAUGCCUUGCUCCAGCUGAUUUUAUUUGUUUUGGACAAUUGAUUCUGGGAAGAGUAGCAACGUUAAUUGGAUUUUCUCCAUUUAUAUACCAUCUGCCUAUCCAUGGACUGAUGGACCCUAAAACCCUUAGCAACAGAUUUGCAGCCUUGUCUUGCAGAGAUCUGUUAAAUCAGGGCAUGAUUCACUUUCACUAAUGUCAUGAAGAACAGACUCCAGAGAUGGAAAUCAGUGUGUCUGUUCUUAGAGGAAGCAUCAGCCUCAUACCCUUAAGUGAACUAGUUAGCCUAGGCUUUAGAUAGUUUCAGCUAACAAUUACUGUCUUUAUUAAGCACAUGUACAAUAUGGAUAUUGUACUAUAUCAAGUGAUGGCAAACCUUUUCGGGACCAAGUGCCCAAACUGGAAAGCGCGUGCAUGUGCGCCGCCAGAGCAUCUCUUUUGUUCUUUUUGAUAAAAUCAACAGACUUUGAACCUAUAAGUACUUCCAUGUCGUGGAAACCGCUCUGUUUUCUCUGUCUGACUUCGGCUUUUGUAGAAAGAUAAAGUGCACUGAAACAGAAAAUGUUACGUGCGACUGUCAAGAUCAAAGUUUUUUUCCCCUCUUGGUAGUGAUCUGUCAGCUUCCCAGUUGUAGGCACUUUAAGAGAAAGGGAGAAACAGCUUAAAACUCCGUAGAAUCAACUGCGAUCUGGCAAAUAGAUUUCAAAAGAAAGAAGUAGAAAAGAAACCACAGAAAGGUGAUGGGAUGGGGAGUGGUUUCUCCAGGUCGGCAGGCGAAUCCACAGUAAAGAAGAACCAGGAAGGAGCCUGAGGCAGCUGAAAACAAAAAAGAACCUGCAGAAAAGAGCCAGCAGAAAGAAAAUACAACCCUGGACUCUAGACAGUGGCAAUUUACUUUGAAACAUAUAAUCAAAAUAGUCAUGAGUAAAACUUGCAUUUAUACAAAAUUAUUUUUUCUCUGAAACAUUUAGCACAAGCUUCAGAAUUUCUUUCAAUUCUUAAUUAUUUGAUAGAUACAUUUUGGAUCAUAUGCAAAUAAUAGGAA